UUGUUUUGUAGCACGAAAUUUUUUCAAAUCCACAGGUUAAAGGUGGACAGGAGGUUGUAACCAAAGUAGUGGAAGUGCUGCCUGUAGAUAUGAUCAAUAUCCCAUCUUAUGCCAGGUGGUUUGUUCGACUUGCUGGCAUUUCAGGAGCAUCAGCAGUUGCACUGGGAGCUUAUGGGGCUCAUGUUUUUUAUCGAAGAGAAUAUCCUGAGGAACUAAAACAAGUAUAUGAAACAGCCAAUAGAUACCACUUUCUCCACACUUUGGCCCUUUUGGGAGUACCUCUUUGCAAACAUCCAAAAUUGGCUGGGACUCUUAUUGUAACUGGCACUGCCAUUUUCUGCGGUACUUGUUAUUAUUAUGCCCUCACAGGAUCAAAGAAUGUUCGACAGUACACCCCAUAUGGAGGAAUGCUACUUAUUAUUGGAUGGUUGUCUAUGAUCUUAUAGACACUGGUAUAAUUAAAGAUUCAGCUUGUGGUUGUGGACUAGUGAAGGUAAAAGCUUUGUUAUUUUUAAUUAGUAUGAGAUGGAAAAUUUUGCAUUUAUUUCUAUAAUAAUUUAUUUUUUAUUAUUUUUAUUGCAAUCUUAAAGUUUUACUGAAUUUUAUUUCAACUUCACUUGCCCAGCUACCACAUUCUCUGUAUAUAAGUAAACCAAGAGUUGGGUUAAUGUACAGUGGAUAGCAUGAAGUUAUCUUUUCUAAAAAGAGGAGAAAAAUAAAGAAAUGAAAUACUAUUUUUUUUGUAUUUUUGCUAAUUUAAUUUAGUUAACAUACAUUGUUGAAUGUAAGUUAAUGGUUUUUAAAAUAUAACAUUAGUAUCUUAUGAUAGUGCUGAACUAAAGUAUGCCUUAAUUAUGCUUUGUUUGUGCAUUAUGAGUGGUUUCUUUUUAUUUUCUAGUUCAUACAUUGUACAAUCACAUAUAAAGUGAAUAUACAGUUCACAGAGAUUAUGAGUUUAGAAUAAGAUCUAAUAUGUACAAGGCAAACUUAAGUUUCAAUAAAUAUUAAGAAUUCA